AUGACUACCCCCACUGGAACAGAGUCACCCAAUCUCCGCAGAGAAGAACUCGAAUCGCGGUUCAAGUCAGUCCUGAAAUUGUCCAAUUUCGAAGCUUCACGCUCAUACGUGGAGAAGAGUGCUGCCGCGCUGCUUCUAGAACCGGGACUUCUUUCUAGAGAACAAUCCGUUCUGCAUUGCUUGCUCACAGAUGUCCCCGAGGGCUACGUCGAGCACGCAGAAGAAGCGCUUCGGCAUGCCAACCUAGCCAUAUCCACCAUGUCGAUCCUCGACCAUGGCAUUUGGGAUGAUGCGGAGCCAUUGAUCACACUGUUGGAGAUGAGCUUGGAGAAGGCACGUAACUUCAAGACCGUCAUCGACCGCGUAGUAAAGGAGAGAGUGGUCAACACAGAACUCAUGGUGAAUCUCAUUACCAAUGAGGAUAAGCUGAAGCUGUUCCCCGAGCGGAUGCGAUCCAUGGACCACCUCAAGCCGCGACCAAGAACAACAUCUGUCUCGAUGGAGCGCCUGCUUAUGAUCCCGAGACGAGUUUACUUCUCAAAGACCUCCUUGCUCGUCUGCGAUCCGCCAACAAGGCGCCGGAAGUCGCUCCCGAGGAACCCCCUUCCGAGGAAGCUACCCCCAAUGCCCAAGAGACCGAUGGCAAUCCUCCUGGUGGCGGCGAAUAAGCCAGGAUCCAUCUAG